AACGAAAAAAAAAAAAGACCAGACGAGAAGAAGAAUAAUACCAAGUUCCAACUGCUGACCUCCGCCAUCGUCCAGUGACCCUUUCCUGGCGCCUCCCAAUCGGAUUUCCUCGUCUGUCUCUUUCUUCUUCCUUUCUUCCCUCAAUCCCUCCUCCACCACCUCUUUCUCCUCCACUCGGUACUCCGUACUACCUCGACACCUUCCUUUCUUCCUUACCUACUUACUCCUGCCCUGCAUACUCUGCUUGUGCUCCCCCCCCCCCUUCCUUCCAUUCUCAUCCUCCCAACCCCCCCUUACUCAGCACAAUGAGUACCAUACAAAAUCUCAAGAAUUUCAUACGUCAUGGCAAACAGGCCCGUCUGGUGACGCCGCAUGCCGAACCCACCACCAAUGUCUCUCCCAUCCAUGCCGAACAACAACGUCAACCACAGGGCUCCUAUCCGCCGGCCGCCGGGAACCUGGAUGCCAUUGACAGCAGAUUGGGGAACGGUCAAGUCCAGCCGCCUCAGAAGUCUCCCGACCACCGUCGCGCGCGCGAAGCCGAACUCGAGCAGAUCGUCGCAGAGGAGAAGAGCAGCCGGAACAAGAUGCCCAAGUACCCGGGUCUCGAGCGCUACACCCUGGUCGAGAAGAUGGGGGACGGCGCCUUCAGUAAUGUCUAUCGGGCCCGCGACAGCACGGGUGAGUACGGCGAUGUCGCCAUCAAGGUGGUGCGGAAGUUUGAAAUGAAUAGCAACCAGCGCGCCAAUAUCCUCAAAGAAGUGCAAAUCAUGCGACAGCUCGACCACCCGAAUAUCGUCAAGCUGGUCCAGUUCUCCGAGUCGCGCCAAUACUACUACAUCGUGCUGGAACUCUGCCCCGGUGGCGAAUUGUUCCACCAGAUCGUGAGAUUGACCUACUUCAGCGAAGAGCUCAGUCGCCACGUCAUCCUCCAGGUCGCCAAGGCCAUCGAAUACCUCCACGAGACAUCCGGAGUCGUUCAUCGCGACAUCAAACCCGAAAACCUCCUCUUCUACCCCAUCGAUUUCGUCCCAAGCAAAGAACCCAAGCCCCGUCAACCUGGCGACGAAGAGAAGGUCGAUGAGGGGGAGUUCACCCCCGGCAAGGGGGCUGGCGGUAUUGGUGUGAUCAAGAUUGCCGACUUUGGGCUGUCCAAGGUCAUCUGGGAUAACCAGACCAUGACCCCCUGUGGAACGGUUGGGUACACCGCUCCCGAGAUUGUCAAGGAUGAGAGAUACUCGAAGAGUGUGGACAUGUGGGCCCUGGGAUGCGUCCUUUACACCCUGCUCUGUGGAUUCCCGCCUUUCUACGACGAGAGCAUCCAGAUCCUCACCGAAAAGGUCGCGCGCGGCCAGUACACGUUCCUGUCGCCGUGGUGGGACGAUAUCUCCAAGUCGGCACAGGACCUGAUCUCGCAUCUUCUGACCGUCGACCCGGAGAAGCGCUACACCAUCAAGGAGUUCCUGGCUCACCCGUGGAUCCGCCAAACCGACGAAGAGACCCAAGCCGCGGCAGAUGCCCCGCCUCUCGCGACCCCGCUACUAUCCCGCAAGAUGCAACAUCUGGAUGCCUUCGCGGCAGACCAAGCGCCCUAUGCCCCUGCCAGCGCUCGCCUAAUGGACCAGCCCUCCGCCGGAUUGGACCGUCCCAUGGACUUCCGCUCGCCCGGUGCGAUCAACCUGCGCGAGGUCUUCGACGUGGGUUACGCUGUUCACAGGCAGGAGGAAGAAGGCAAGCGACGCAAGAACUUCCGUCAAGGAUAUCGGGGUGCCAACCCGUCGACGACGUUCCAGUCGGCGCUGAACCCAUUGAACGAAGACUACGACGAGCCGGAAGAGAUCACCUACCAGCCCAUCUCCCGCGACGAAUUCCCUCCCGCCAAGAUCCCCAAGUCCUCCCAGCAAGCGGGCGAUGUCGCAGCCAUGGAAGCGAAGCUGCGGUCUACGAAUCUCGGGGCCCCCAGCCACGCCGCCCAAGCGCGUCAGGCGCACCAGCCCCGACAGCAGCCGCAGCAGCAGGGCUACGGCCAGCACAGCGCCAAGGUCGCCGCGGCCGCCAAGCAGAGCAUUGGUCGCAGUGCGCGGGGGCCGUUCGAGCUGAGCCUGGACAACGCGACGCUCCUCGAAAAGAGAGGCCGACGACAACAGGGACAGCCUGUGGCUUAGGCAUCUGCCAUGAUUCAUGCAUGCAUUUUUCUUUCUGUGAUCACGUUAACUUGACGAAUCGAGAGCCUCAGGCUACGAACUUCCUUACGCAUGAGUUUCUUCUCUUCUAUUCCCUUCGAUAUCGAUAUGUUGGGCAGGAUCACUGGGUGGCUACGUACGUACUAAGUCGAUGGUCGCAUUUGUUCUGGGUGUUUUUUUUCUAUCAACAUUCCGGCU